AUGACGAAAAAAUAUAAAAAUGAUAGUCCUAUAGAUAAACACAAAGUGUUUGUCCGUAAUAUACGAGAAAAUGAUGUGAACAAAUUGACAGAACGAUUUGAAAAAGAAUGUAAAAAAUAUUUUUUUUUUAAAAAUAAAACAAAUUCUACAAAAAGCGCUAUUUGUAUUUUUCACAAUGAAGAGGAUGCAACAAAUUUCAUAACAAAAUAUAAUAAUUCAAAAGAUUUUUCUACAAAAAUUAUGUGUGAAUUUGCAAUAAAGAAAAAGCAUGAUGAAAAAAAUUUAGUUUCUGUUCUUUAUAAUCGAAAUAAAAUAAACUAUCCCAACUCUAUAAAAAUAUAUACAAAUUGUGAUAUAGGUAAUAUAAUAAUUUUAAAUUAUUUGAAAAGCAUUUAUUUAAUAAAAAAAAAAAUAUUAUUGAAUUGUGAAAAUAAUAAAUCUAUAGACAAAAAAAAUCAAAUAAAUAAAAAUCAAAUAAAUAAAAAUAGUAACAAUAGUAACAAUAAUAAUAAUGAUGAUGAUGAUGAUGAUGAUGAUGAAGAAAUUGUAAUUGUAGCUAGUUCAGAAAAAGACAAAAAAUUUGAAGAAAUUGUAAUAAAUAUAGAGAAACAAAGUAAUAUAAAUAAAAAUAAUAUUUUUAAAAAAAUAAAUAAUCUAAAAUUUAAAGAUAAUAAAAAUGAUGAAUCAACAAGCUAUUUUGAAUAUGUUGUUGAAUUUGCAAACUUUAAUUUGGCUUCCACAUUUUAUCAAUUUAUUAAUAAAAAUGAAUUUCAGAAUUAUUUAAAAAAUAAUGACCAAAAUAUUGAAAAUGAAAAUUUGUUUUUUUUUCAUGAAUUAUGUCUUUUAAAUACAGAACACAAAAUGGUUAUUUUAAAAAACCUAAAUAGAAAAUGUCACACAGAAAAUAUUCAAAAGCUUUUUAAGAAUAUCGAAAAAAAUAUCAAAAUAAAUAUUCCUAAAAAGAAUGAUAAAAAACAAGGAUAUGCAUUUGUUACUUUUUCAAAUUAUAAAAGUGUAGAAAAAGCAUUACUUUUAACGAAUACAAUUUUAUGUGGUAAUAAAAUAAUUAUAGAAAAAUACAACAAGGAAAUAAAGCUACUUAACGGAAAAUCUCAUCAAGAUACUGAAAAUAAAUCAGUUGAGCCUUUUAGUUAUUACAAUAGUUAUAAUAAUGAGAGUCAAGAAAAUGAUGAAGAAGAUUCUGAUAACAAAUCGGACGAAACAGAUAACAAUAUAGACAAUGAUAAUAGUGAUCAAAAUGUUUCACUUUUGUCUAAAAAGAGAAAAUUAACUGAGUAUGACGAAAAUCAAACUGGUAGUAAAAUCACCAAAAUUGGGGGGGACAAAAUUGGGGGGGACAAAAUUGGGGGGGACAAUAAAAGAGACUACAAAAAAGAUGUAGAGGAAGGAAAAACAAUUUUUAUCACAAAUAUACCAACCGAAACAACAAAUGACGAAAUUAAAGAAUAUAUAGAAAAAAAUAUUAGCAAAGAUUAUAUAUAUAUAAAGACCUGUCGAAAUGAUUAUAAAAAAAUAUAUGUUUUUGUGAAAUUGAAAAAAAAAAUCGAUGCUGAUAAUUUUUUAAAAAAAAUUGGAGAAUAUAAUAGUGAAGAAGAUGAACAAAUGAAUGGAAAUGAAAAUGAAAAUGAAAAUGUUAUUGAUCAAUUUUAUAAUAAUGCUAAUAAAAAAAAAAAAGAGAAACUCAAACAAAUUUUAUUGAAUGAAAAUCAAAAUCUUAAACACACUGAUAUUUUAUAUUUUAAAAAUAAUUAUCUUAUGAUUAAAAGAGCAGUACCAAACGAUAUAAUAAAAGAUAAAAAAAAAUCUCCAGAAAAAAAAGAAAAAAAAGAAAAAAAAAAAAAUACAAUAAGCAAUAAUAUACAUUUAAUAAAUGACAAUGAUGUUAAUAAUGAAAAUGUUCCUUCUAAUAUACUUUUAAGAAAUAAAAAAUUAUUAGAUAAAAAAACUGAACUCUUAAAAAAUAAAAAUUUUGUAAUAAACCCAUGUAGAUUAUAUAUUAGAAAUUAUCCCCUUGUAGUUGAACAAAAUAUUUUCCGUUCUCUUAUAACAAAACAUUUUACUCCUAUAUUUAUGAAAAAAUUUAAAUUAAAAAAAAAAGAAGCUUUUAAAAAAGCUAAUGAAGUAAUUAAAAAAAUGAAACUUAUGAAAGAUAAUAAUAGUAAUAAGGAAAUUGUCCAAGAUACCAAAGUAGGUCCGAUCAUACAUAAUAAUGACAAUAAUAAUGAUAAUACUAUGGAUAAAGGAGCUAAUAAAAAUGUCAUUUGCUUUCUUGAUAUUAAUAAACAUGAAAAUACAAAACAAAUUAUUUCCCUUUUACAAAAUAAAAAUAUUUUUGAUGUAAUAAAUGAAAAAAUUUACAAAAAAAAAUUUCAAACAAUUAAAAAAAGUAAAAAUAUAUUAUAUGUUGAUUAUUGUAUUGAAGAUCUAAGAAUGUUGCAUAUAAAAAAAAUAAAAGAAGAAAAAUUUCUAAAACAUUUAAAAGAAAAAAAUGAAAAUAAUUUGCCUACUAAAAAAAAAAUUAAAAAAAAUACAAAUAAAACAAAAAAAAUGAGUAGAGGAAAAAGACAACGUGAAAAAAGAAGAUUAUUAAAAGCUCAAAAUGAAAACAAAAAUAUUAUAAACAUCAUUAAUCCAAUGACUCUUGAUCAAAAAGAUAAUCCCAUAAAAACAGAAAAACAGAAAAAACGAGUCACAUUCCUUGACCAAACAAAUAAUGAGGAAAUAAAUACAACCAAACCUUCUUCCCUCAAAAAAAAAGAAAUAAAUAAUAAAGAUAAAAAAAUUAAAAGUAAAAAAUUGAAUGCCCAAGAUUCUGGAAAAACAAAAAAAAAAGUUAAAACUGUCAAAAGUAUUAUCAAAAAAGGCACCGAAAACCCGAACAAGAAUAUUGAAUCAAUACAAAAGGAUGUCUUAAAAUUCCUCAAAAACACCAAAUAA